AUUUCAUCGCGAUCAGACCAACGCACGGUGUGGAAAUGCAUUGCUGAACAGAAACGAAAUUAUAGACAGAGCUUUUUUUUAUUAUAUAGACGAGAUGGAGUUGCCACACGCGCUUAGUUCGCCUCAGACGGAGAAGCGAGAAGGAUUUCACUGCUGAGUUGGAAAAUCAAUUUUUGGUGUGAAUUUCUUUAAUUUCUUGCCCAAUUAUGGCUCUUUCGCGUAUGUCUUGUUUCCGGUUAGCGACAUCGCAGCAGAAAUUUGUACCUGCAAUACUGACAUGCGUGAGAAAUAUUUCUGCAGACAAUACGGAUCUCAAGGCAAUUCUGUCUGAGAAGAUCCCUCGUGAGCAGGAAAGGGUGAAGAACUUCCGAAAACAGUAUGGCGCCACAAAGAUGGGUGAAGUCACCGUUGACAUGAUGUACGGCGGUAUGCGCGGUAUCAAGGGAUUGGUGUGCGAGACAUCUGUUUUGGAUCCUGAUGAGGGAAUUCGUUUCCGUGGACUCUCAAUUCCAGAGUGCCAGAAGGUGUUGCCAAAGGCAAAGGGUGGCAGUGAGCCACUCCCUGAGGGUCUCUUCUGGCUCCUCAUUACUGGGGAUGUCCCAACGCAGGGACAAGUUGAGGCGCUGUCGCGUGAAUGGGCAAAUCGUGCUGCUUUGCCAUCCCAUGUGGUUACCAUGCUUAACAAUUUCCCAUCAACCCUCCAUCCAAUGUCACAGCUAUCGUGUGCCGUGACUGCCCUCAAUUCUGAGAGUAAAUUCGCCAAAGCAUAUUCCGAGGGUGUACAUAAGAGCAAAUAUUGGGAAUAUGCCUAUGAAGAUAGCAUGGAUUUAAUUGCAAAAUUGCCCGUUGUUGCAGCCACAAUCUACCGCAAUACGUAUAAGGAUGGCAAGGGAAUUGGGGCGAUUGAUACGAAGAAAGAUUGGUCAGCCAAUUUCACAAGUAUGCUUGGCUAUGACAAUGAAACCUUCACGGAACUCAUCCGCUUGUACCUAACGAUCCAUAGUGAUCACGAAGGUGGCAAUGUGUCAGCACACACCGUCCAUCUUGUGGCAUCUGCUCUCAGUGAUCCGUACUUAUCCUUUGCCGCUGGUAUGAAUGGUCUGGCGGGUCCACUCCAUGGUUUGGCAAAUCAAGAAGUACUUGUGUGGCUGCAGAAGAUGAUGAAGGAGUUGGGUAAUGAUUUGAGUGAGAAGAAUAUUAAGGAUUUCAUCUGGAAGACACUCAAAUCCGGGCAAGUUGUACCUGGGUAUGGGCAUGCUGUACUGAGGAAGACAGAUCCACGGUACCAGGUACAGCGUGAAUUUGCUCAGAAGCACUUACCUGACUACCCACUCUUCAAGCUUGUCUCCACCAUUUUCACUGUUGUCCCACCAAUUCUCACGGAAUUGGGUAAAGUGAAGAACCCAUGGCCCAAUGUUGAUGCCCAUUCAGGUGUCCUCCUCCAGUACUACGGACUCAAGGAGAUGAACUACUACACUGUUCUCUUUGGCGUUUCACGAGCUCUCGGUGUGCUCGCAUCUCUUGUGUGGGAUCGUGCUCUUGGUCUUCCCAUUGAACGUCCAAAAUCCUUCUCCACAGAUGCCCUCAUGAAGGCUGUUGGAGCGUCCAAGUAAAGUCACCAUCGUCACCACAAUUUGCCCUCCGUGCAAGUGAGCUAAACCCACAACGCGUGAUCCCCCAGAAUUGACCACAAAUUGGGCAUUGAGGUAUUUUUUUUUAUUAAUAUUAUUAUUUCACAAGUGAUUAAAAAUUAUUAAAGAAUUCGCCACAUUUAACGAGGCAUCAUACAAUACGAAUACAGUGGGAUUAAUAAACAAAAAUCAAUCAAUGAAAGAAAAAAAAAAUACCUACAUACUUACAAAGUUAAGGAUAUUUGUCUCAUGAAGAACACACUGAGAAUUACUUAAAAGGAAGAAAAGAAACUUAAUAAUUUAAAGUAAAAAAGACUAAUUAAAGAAAAAAAAAUCACAUCGAAUUCUUUAAAUAGAAAAAUUGUAAAGAUAAAAAAAAUCAAACAGCAUUGAAAUCCUUCGAAUUCGACGUGGAAAUGUGCAAAUUUUUAUUUUUUUUCUGGUGUAAUAAACAUCAUAAAUUAUGCUACAGAUUAUAUUAUGAAAGAAAAACUAUGCUAAAGGAUGAAAAAAAUCAGGAACUAUGUAACAUUGUGUUUAAUAUUUAUUUAAGAAGAAGAUGUUUAAGUGUAAAAGAUUUUAUUUAAAGAAUGAAAAAGUAAUGAGAAGUUAAUGAAAAAAAUAUAUUUGAUGGAAAAUCUGGAGCCACCUUACAAAGAAAUAAUAAAUUUUAACCCACGCGAGUCCUUCUUUUGUAAAAAAUAAUUAAAUAAAUUGAUAUGCCGAACGCUAAGUAUUCACAGUUGAUUUGUAGUGUUUAGAAGAGACAAUAAAGUGGUUUAAAAAGAGA